CUGAGCGGAGGGAUGGAGAUGCGGAGGGCGCAGCAUCAGCAGAGCCGCGGUCAGCAUCACAGGCACACAAGCAGGCAGGCAGGCAGGCAGGCAGGCAGGCAGACAGACAGGCAGGCAGGCAGGCAGGCACAGACGGGCAGAGUCGACCCAAAUUAUUUGAAGUAGCGCAAUUAUACGAAAACUCCCCGAGGUAUUCGACAGUCGGAGGAGGAAAUUAAUGAAGAAGGAGGGCGAAGUGAAUUGCGCGACUCCGACGCGACAGAUGUUGGAAAACUCUGGUUGAAUGUAGACAGAAGAAGAGGAAGAGAAGGAAGAAGAGAAAGUGUCCCGAACAGAGAUGAACACGUUGUUCUGUUGGAGACGGACGAUGAGCGUUGAAGAUGUGGAAGCUUUGUUGCGAUGUUUCCUUCACUGAAAGCUUCAGCUGGCCACUCUAAAGGGCAUGUUUUUGAUGGAACUGCAUCUCUACAGAGGACUUGACUCAAGUCUGAUUUCAACUUGACUGCCACUGGCUAUGAGAAUCUGCACUCCGAGACUGAAACGGCUGGGGGUAAGAUGUUUGUGGAGUCAGUCGUCCGAUGGGGGGCUUGGAGCAUUCUGCUUCAGUUUGGACUUGGUGUAUCUGCAGGAAGCUGUCCUCCACGCUGUGUGUGUCGACCUGAGGCGAAAGAAGUGAUCUGCUCCGGCAAACAUUUGAACUCAGUGCCAGAAGGCUUUUCUGGUGAUGCCAGGCGUUUGGAUUUAUCCCACAAUAAGAUUAAGACUGUUGGGCGCCGCCAGUUCUCUGGUCUCCUGCAACUUCAAGAGUUGGAUCUCAGUGAUAACAUAAUCUCCAUGAUUGAGGUGGAGGCUUUCCAGGGCCUACAGAAUCUCAGGACACUUCGGAUUAAGAAUAAUCGACUCAAGAUUAUCCCAGUUGGGGUGUUUUCUGGCCUAUCCAGUCUGCGCUGUCUGGAUUUGAGCCAGAAUGAGAUUCUGGUCUUCCUGGACUACACCUUCAAAGAAUUGGUGAACCUGCAAACGCUGGAAGCCGAAGAGAAUGACUUGGUCUUCAUCUCCCAGCGGGCUUUCUUUGGUCUGCAGAAUCUGCAGGAGCUCAAUUUAGAUCGCAGCAACCUGACCUCGGUUCCUACCGAGGCAUUGUCCCAACUCCAGAGCCUGACCCAUCUUCGCAUACUACGCCUCACCAUUUCUACACUCCCCAACAAUGCUUUCCGACGGCUACACCGUCUUCGUAGCCUCCUGAUUGCAAACUGGCCAGCAUUGGACAAUGUGGCUAGCAACAGCCUGAUUGGUCUUAAUCUGACCUCACUUGUCAUCAGCAACUGCAACCUAAGUGCUGUUCCUUACUCAGCAUUUCGUCAUCUGGUGUAUCUUCGCUACCUGGACCUGUCCUAUAACCCCAUCACUGUUAUCCAAGGUAAUCUGCUAGGUGACCUCCUGAGACUCCAAGAGUUACACCUAGCAGGGGGGAGCCUGCUAAGAAUAGAGCCAGGGGCCUUUAGGGGACUGGCCUACUUCCGCAUGCUCAAUGUGACCUCCAAUCAGCUCACUACUUUGGAGGAGAGCGUCUUCCACUCUGUGGGGAACCUUCAGGUUUUGCGGUUGGAUGGGAAUCCCCUAGCAUGUGACUGCCGGCUUCUCUGGGUGGUCCGUCGUCGAUUGCGCUUGAACUUUGAUGGACAUCAGCCCUCUUGUUUGUCUCCUGAUGCAGUGAGACAUCGUGAAUUCAGAGACUUCUCCGAGAAGGAGCUCCCGAGGCUCUUUACCUGCCGCCCUGCCCGUAUAAUGGACCGCAGGCCGCAGGAGGCGAGAGUAGAGGAGGGCACGACAGUUAUCUUCUCCUGUAAGGCUGAUGGGGAUCCAUUCCCAUCUAUCACCUGGAUCUCAUCCCAUAAGAAUGUGGUUUCUCCAACAGGACGAAUCAGAGUUUUGCUCAAUGGUACUCUAGAAGUGCGUUUUGCCCAAGUUCAGGACAGUGGCACAUAUCAGUGCCUGGCGGGCAAUGCAGCCGGCAAUGACAGCCUAACUGUCGGUCUGUACGUGAAGGGGCUCCCUCGUAACCGAACCAUCCCCUUCUUCUCAGAGGAGGGCUGGGUAGAGCCUUCAAACUCCCAAGCUGCCAACUCCUCAGCUCAAAUGGCCAAACCAUACCCGUUUGACGCAAAGACCCUGAUCAUUGCCACCACCAUGGGCUUCCUGUCUUUCCUCAGCUCAGUGGCCAUCUGCUUUGUCUUCAUGUUCUUCUGGAGCCAGAGCAAAGGUCAGAUCAAGCACACAGCAACUAUUGACUUUGUUCCUCGGUCUUCAAUGGGUGGUGGAGGGGACGGAGGUGACGGUGGCAGGUUCACCAUGAAACUUAUUUAAAGCCAAGGAAGAGGUGAAAGGGGCCUCCAUAUUGACUGAGUUAUUCUGCACUAUGGUCCCUCCCUAUUGGAACACUCAAGGACGGAAACCAAUACA